AUGGUGCAGUUUUGUAUUCAUUGCCAUAAUAUUUUAUUGCUUAAGGAGCAUGAAGACAAACUAUCAUUUUACUGCCCCACAUGUCCUUAUGUAUUUAAAAUUGUGAACCAAAUCAGCAAAGUAACUGACUUUAUUCCUAAAAAGAUGGAAGAGCCUUCCAUAGAUAUGAAUGAGAUUGCAAGCUCAAAAACAAUGGGUAAGUCUAAUUUAAUGAUGGUAGCACUAGUUAAACGAGAGAUAUGUGUAUUUAUAUUAUUUAUAAGAUAG